GUUGUCGACAGUAGUAGGGCAGUACUGAACGACAUUCUUAAAGAAAGAAGUCGGUCUUUUUUCUAGUUUUAUUAAAUUAUUUUUGAAUCUGUUUACAGUUAAACUAUGGCUUCUUCGGAUGUCGCACGGCAGCCGGAUAAAGGAGUUCGGUCCUUGUCUCUUGCUGGCCAUGUGGGCUUUGACAGCCUUCCAGAUCAGCUUGUCAACAAGUCCAUCUGCCAGGGCUUCUGCUUCAAUAUUCUCUGCAUCGGUGAGACAGGUAUUGGCAAGUCUACACUGAUGGAUACGUUAUUUAAUACCAACUUUGAGAACUUUGAGUCAUCCCACUUUGAACCUCAGGUGAAGCUCCGGGCUCAAACAUAUGAUCUACAGGAGAGUAAUGUCAGACUACGUCUCACUGUGGUCAACACAGUGGGCUUUGGAGACCAGAUGAAUAAACAAGAGAGCUAUCAGCCUGUGGUGGACUACAUUGACAGGCAAUUUGAGAGCUAUCUCCAGGAGGAGCUAAAAAUCAAGCGCUCUCUCCACAACUACCAUGACUCGCGGGUCCAUGCCUGCCUUUACUUCAUUUCCCCCUCAGGCCAUUCACUGAAAUCCCUUGAUCUGGUCACUAUGAAGAAACUAGACAGCAAGGUGAAUAUCAUCCCAGUGAUCGCCAAAGCUGACACCAUCAGCAAGAGUGAGCUGCACAAGUUCAAGAUCAAAAUCAUGAGUGAGCUGGUCAGCAACGGUGUUCAGAUCUACCAGUUCCCACUGGAUGAUGAGACUGUAGCCAAAGUCAACACUACAAUGAAUGGUCAUUUGCCCUUUGCUGUAGUAGGCAGCACAGAGGAAGUCUCUGUCGGCAACAAGAUGGUGAAAGCUCGCCAGUAUCCAUGGGGCGUAGUGCAAGUGGAGAACGAGAAUCACUGUGACUUUGUAAAGCUGAGGGAGAUGCUGAUCUGUGUAAACAUGGAAGACCUAAGAGAACAGACACACACGCGCCACUAUGAGCUGUACAGACGCUGCAAACUGGAGGAGAUGGGCUUCAAAGAUACAGACCCAGAGUGCAAGCCUGUCAGUUUGCAGCAGACGUAUGAGGCCAAGCGUCAGGAGUUCCUGGUGGAGCUGCAGAAGAGGGAGGAUGAAAUGAGGCAGAUGUUUGUGCAGAGGGUGAAGGAGAAGGAAGCUGAACUGAAGGAGGCCGAAAGAGAGCUCCAAAGUCGUUUUGAGCAGCUGAAGCGCCUCCAUGCAGAUGAGAAAGCCACUCUGGAGGAGAAGAAGCGACUUCUUGAUGAAGACCAGAGCUCCUUUGGCAAAAGAAAAGCUGCCGCCCAACUCCUGCAGGCCCAGAGCCUCACUGCCAACGGCAAGAAGGACAAAGACCGGAAAAAUUCGGGUUUCAUGUGAAGACUUUAGCAUCUGAAGUAUUUUCAGUUGUGACCAGCAUAACCGGUGACAUUAAUACCCUACACCUUCUCCACACCCCUGUGGCCAGUUGUAAUGCUAACAGGAAAUCCCCACACACACACACCAGCUGUGUGUGUGUGUGUGUGUGUGUGUGUGUGUGUGUGUGUGUGUGUGUGUGUGUGUGUGAGUGAGAGAGAGAGAGCGAAUGUGUGUCUGUGUGUGUGAGAGUUUGUUUUGGUGCCAAAGUUUAAUGACUAUAUCCAAAAAUCAUGUGUACAUGUAACUUUUCCUCAAUGGCAUUUUAAGUCAUCUGUGUAGGGUUUAUACCUCCUUUUGUGUAAGGAUUUUUAUAUUUAUCCUUUUUUAUGUCAUGUUUUUAUUUUCCACAUACCUCCUUUGUAAACCUUUGCCACACUGAGGGGCAUCUCAUCAGACUGAUCCUAACAGCCUCCUCACUCGCUGCUUGUCACAGACCACAGGUACAAACAUCACAGUGUGAGGGUCUUCUUCAUUUAGUGUGUAUGUUUUAAAUCACUAAACAUGAGUUGAAACAGUAGAACAGCCAUUAAAUUCUUGUAAUUUAUGAAACCAUUUCCAGCAAUUUUACAUGUUUUUCUUAAAGCCUGAAUAAUUUAAAUGCCCAUUUUGUUUUAUUUAAAGGUUGCAGCGGUAACCCAACAGCACUAAAACCUCCCAAAGUUUCCACCACAGCUCAAGUUGGAACUGGAAGUUGAAUCAGUGUUAAAGCUCAAAGUUACAUGUUUAUACAAAGAAAGAAUAGUUUCAAUGAUCAGUAAAACAUUGAAAAUAAAAAAUCUUAUGCCAGGUUAGUCAAUUAGAACUGUUUUUGUUUUGGAAGUAAAAAUCAAAUCAAAGUUUCUUCCUCCCAACUUUUCAGCUCAGUGUGUGUGAAAAGAAGGUAAAAUACUUGAGAUAAAGCACAGGUUUAUAUAUGCAUUUUGUUAUUGUCGGGUUGUAUAUAGAUACAACACAACUGCAUUUGCUGUAUAGAUAAAAUUUUUGAACAAAAUCCCUGGGUUGGGUUAGAUCAAUAAGAAAUGGAGCUGAAAAUGCCAUUCAUAAAGGAUUUGAGAUGAUUAUUUAACUGCAAAAUAGGUUUUAAGAUUCAUCAGUUUAUUAUUUUUACAACUUGCACCUAUUCUCCAGUUAGGCAUCUCCAGGGAGGUACAUUGAACUUUCAGCUUUGCUACACCCUGUGUAAUAAUCUGUGACCAUUUUUUUGAAGGUUUGCCUUGUGCUUUUAUCAGAGAGUUGUCAUAAGAUGGUCACAGGAUAUUAUACUUCCCUACUUCUUUCCAGUUUUUUUUCCCUCUUUGUUUAGUGCACCUACUUUAUGUUCUAAAUCUUUAAUCUGAACGUGCUAGCAUAAAAAAAAUAAAAUAAAAAAUCAGCAAUCUCACACAUUCGCCUGCAGUUGUUGCAAAGGGAACAAGUUAUUUUGUGCGUUUCACUUUUCUGGCGAGGUUUACAGUGAAACGGUUUUUUGAGGAGGGCGAGACCGGGGCUUGGUUUGGGAUUAGGUACAUGUUACUGUGUAUUUUUAUAUAUAUUUUGUUUUAUUCACUCCCUUAUUUUUUUGUACUGAUACAAACACUUGACGCUUGCAGUCUUGUCUGUCUGAGAAGAGCUGACUCGUGGGGAAAAAAUGCAUCUCAUCGAGUCAGUGUUUGUUGAGGGAGAAUUGUAUUUCUCUGAGGGCCGUAUACUACAUAUUUCUGUUCACCGCUCUACGUACUGUAAAAGUCUACUAGGUGUGAAAUCCUUUUUCAUCAAUACUCCAGAGUAAACCACAACACUGUGCUUCAGGUUUCAAUUAAAGUGUGAUUUUUUUUUUUUUUUUUUUAAAUGAACUCACUCUGUAUCUAUACUAGUGCUUAAGAUAAUAGUGCCUUAUCUGUAUUAAACUUAAGAAUACACUAUCCACUUUUUGACUACAUCCAGGGAAAUGCACCGAUGCCCACUGGAUAAAGGCUUGCCUGAGACACAUUUGUACUACACCUAUAUUUAAGGAAUAAACAGUAUUAUGUGGGAGCUUUUCUUUCUAAAUAAAUCUUUGUAUUUUUAUCUUGAAA